AUGCCACAACCGACGGGUCGAAUCGAAUCGUCAGAGCCAAACAGCGUGGGGGCGGCAUGGAUAUUUACACACUGGAGUAGUGAAAAGGAGAAAAGAGAUACGCCUGGAGGGAUCGCGACAUCUCUCGCAUACUACCCUCACCUCAACACCCUCCGCGAGUAUUUCGGUCGACCGGUUGAUGUUAUAGCCGUCUCCAAGGAGGCCUCACCGCCGCCGGUACGCUCGAGGUCGGGUCCUAAAGACUAUCUUAUCACCCUACGGUUGGUUGACCCUUCACUUGUCCCCGAGCGGCAGCAAGGAAUCGCUACUCGGAUCUUUCGACCUGAUGAACACGCACUUCCAAAAGUCUAUCGCGGCGAUGUCGUGGUUCUACAUGACUUCCAAGUGCAAAAUCGGCGAAGAGAAAUUUCGCUCUCGAGCACAAACACUUCCGCCUGGGCGGUAUUUAGAAAGGGUCGUUUAGAAGGAGAUAUCUCAGGCCCUCCCUUGGAAUACGGCGCUGGAGAAUCCGCCCUGGCUAGGAUCCUCUUCGACUGGUGGAUCCAAAUCGAUCACCGUCAACCUCCCGCUGGCGCGGUAGUGCCGCAUUAUGAGGAGAAUAUUGAAACCACUGAAGGGACCGAUUAA